AUGGACACCCGCAACUUGGAAAUUCUUGAUAUUCUUUCGAAUUCACGUUAUGUGGAAGAUUAUUUGGAGCUUUUUGAGAUUUGGUGUCUCACCCGCAAGAGUCUGGAUGCCGAGAAGAAGACGGCACAUUUUCUCUCUGCUUUUGGAAAGGAAUCUUAUACGCUGAUUAAAAUUUUGGCAUUCCCAGAGUCACCAAUACAACUGAAGUAUGAAGAACUCAACGAUUUAUUACUAAAGCAUUUCCAGCCAGCCAACUUCGAGGCAGCUGAGCCAACGAAAUUCCAUUGCCUUGCUCGUGAUCCUAAUCAGUCUGUCCGAGACUUAUUUCUUCAGCUGCAGACUCAGGCCGCGCGCUGUAAUUCCAAAGAUCAUCUUCAAACUCAGCUCAUUGAUAGACUCAUUGCUGGAAUUAACUGUUCUGAGCUACAGCAGCAGUUCUUGUUGAUUCCAAACUGUACAUUUCAAACCGCGAAGGUGGUCCGUGAACAAUACCCGGAUGUACGUGAGGAGCCGAAAGUAUUGUUCAGUCACAAUCGUGGUUCGGCGCUUGAAGCUCACUAG